AUGUCAGGCCCGGUUGUGGAGGCUGAGGCCGCGUUGAUGCACUGCGUUGGAGCGAUGUAUAAUGCGUUACUUGAAACUGUCGAUGACGCUCAUCCGCGUUUCACGGCAGAUGUGGCCGGGAAAAAUAGUAGCAUUGAGUUGGUUGAUACGGAGGUGUACCAGUUAGAACGGGAACAUAAUGCGGAGAGGCAGCGUGUUGGCAGGAUAGCAGAUGAGCUUGAAAGACAUUUCGCGGCACUGGAGGGUGCUAUCAGGGCAUUACCCGAUGAUCCUGUAGCAUCGUUAGAUCGCGACAUUGAGCUGUUGAACACUGAGGCCUUGUCUCUUGCACAGGCAAUGAUCGAAACAUACGAUGAGGCGGACGCAUUGGCUGAGUUGUUGCAGUCCGAAGUUGAAACACGAAAAGUUCCUGCAAUAUAG